AUCGAGAGAGCAGUAGGCAGAGGCUGGGGGGAAACUUCCUUAGAGAACAUGGGAUUGUGGCUGUAGCCUAGAGGGAACUGACUGCCUGUAUCUAGCACUGACCCUGGUCUGGAGUCACUUUCCCAACUCCCACUGACAGAGGGAACUGCUGCUGGACAAUAUCCACCACAUCAGCGGCUGCUGCUCUCAUUUGUUCAUGUGCCGACCUUUUGGAGUAUCAGUUUGAAGAGAUUACACGCCUGUUUCCUGCCAGAGGGAUUUCUCAUGAACUGGCGAUAGUUGCGGCGGAGCAGGGACUCGAACAAGCGGCUCCGAGGUUCCGGAUAACGAUGGAAAGCUCGCCGCCCGCUGCCCGGCGCCAGCUCCGCACAGCCCAGCGCUGCGCCGGCCUUUCGGGCCUCGCCUGCUGCCUCCUGGCCGUACUAUCCCUCGGCCUGUGUGCCCUCCUGCACCAGCGGACCUCUGAGCUGCAGAGCCGGGUCUCGCAUUUAGAGGCGGAGAGAGAGCAGCUCCCGGCCUGGCUGGAACCCGCUGUCUUUAACCGAGUGGAGGAACUCCUGGAGCAGAGACUGAAGGCACACUUACCCAAGAGCCGAGUGGCCCGAGGGGCUCCUGCAGCCUGUGUCUGCCCCCCAGGACCACCAGGAGAAAAGGGAAGACAUGGUCGCAGAGGUAUUCCAGGGGCUGCUGGACCUCCAGGAAGAGAUGGCUUUCCGGGAAACAAAGGAUCCAUGGGCCUACCAGGGAGAAGGGGUCUAAAGGGGGAACCUGGCGAAGAGGGAGCUCCAGGAGAUCCCGGCAUCUCAAUCAUUGGACCCCGUGGCCCUCCUGGUCAGCCUGGAGCAAGAGGGUUUCCAGGAUAUCCGGGUCCGAUAGGGUUGGAUGGCAAAUCUGGAAAGCCUGGCCCUAAAGGUGAAAUGGGAGUGCCCGGUCCGAAAGGUGACAAGGGAAACCAUGGGCAAAAAGGAGAGAAGGGUCUGAAUGGUCCAAAGGGUGAGAAGGGUCAACGUGGAGAUUCUGCACUCACUGAGUUCCCUGGGACCUCACUAGCAGCACUGCGGCUAAAUCAGAUCCUGACUGUGAAGGGUGAACAAGGACAAGCCAGUAGCAACUGCUCUCCAGGACCCCCAGGACCUAAAGGACCUCCAGGCCAUGCAGGGAAGCCGGGAGUGGAUGGUUUACCAGGGAAACCCGGAGAUCCUGGAAAACCUGGAAGGGAUGGAAUGCCGGGUGCACCUGGCGUGCCAGGACUGAAGGGAGAACCAGGAAUAACAGGACUGCAGGGCAAACCAGGAAUGCCAGGGCUCCCAGGAAGAAAGGGAGAGGUUGGUGAACUGGGACUUCCUGGUCCAGCAGGACUGCCUGGAACUGUAGGCCGAAAGGGAGAACAAGGAGACCUUGGACAAAAGGGAGAACCGGGUGAAGUUGGCCGUGUUGGUGCGAAAGGAGAAAAGGGGGAGAUUGGAAGACCUGGUAUGCCAGGAAAACCAGGAGCAAAGGGGUCACUUGCUUCAACUGUACCUGGGCUGAAGGGGGAGCCAGGACAGACUGGGCCAGCUGGACAAAAGGGUGAAAGUGGCAUUCCAGGGAAAGAUGGUGCAGUUGGCCAGAAAGGCGAUCCCGGAGACCCAGGAACAGCUGCUGGUGGAGUAAAGGGUGAAGCAGGUCCUCCAGGAUUACCUGGUCCUCCUGGUCUGAAGGGUGAAGCUGGCGUUUUGGGACCGCGGGGUCCACCAGGUCCCAAAGGUGAGCCAGGAAAGACUGAGAUCAUUGACUACAACGGUAACAUCAAUGACGCACUCCAGGGUCCUCCAGGUGUUCCAGGAAUGCCAGGGCUCCCAGGCCAGAAGGGUGAAAUUGGAUUGCCAGGUGUACCCGGACUUGAUGGAGAAAAGGGUUCUCGGGGUAAAAAUGGUGAUGUUGGACCUACCGGUCCAGAAGGACCACCAGGACCCAAAGGGGAGACAGGGAUUAUGGGAUUCCCAGGACCGAAAGGAGACAAAGGAGACACUGGGAUGACAGGAGCACCUGGUCUGGAUGGACCCACUGGAGAGAAAGGAGAAAGAGGUGAACCAGGAUUGCAAGGUCCUCCUGGACUGCCGGGCCCUGUCGGUCUUCCUGGCUCAACAGCAGAUAAAGGAGAGAAGGGCGAUAUGGUGAGUGGUCCUCCAGGGCCACCUGGGCCAGAGGGACCUCCAGGUCCAAUGGGACCACAUGGUCUUCCAGGGACAAAGGGUGACCCUGGGUCAGAUGGUGUGAAAGGUGAAAAAGGUGACCGAGGUCACCUGGGACUGCCUGGUGCUUCUGGCUUUGAUGGACAGCCUGGGCCACUGGGUGUACCAGGGCCAGCAGGACCAAAAGGAGAAAGGGGUGAUAAAGGAGAUCCUGGAUAUUCAGGACCAACCGGACCACGGGGAUUACCUGGUUCACUGGGACCAAAGGGUGAAAAGGGAAGCCGGGGGGAGAAGGGAAAGAGAGGUUCUAAAGGGCCCAAAGGGGAUAAGGGAGACCAAGGAGUGCCCGGAUUAGAUGCACCUUGUCCAUUGGGUGAAGAUGGUUUACCUGUACAGGGGUGUUGGAAUAAAUGAUGCUGAUCUAACCUCAGAAUGGAGUGUGUACAUAGAAUAUUUAUUUUUAUACAAUUUUUUUGCAAUUAUAAAAGCUAUCUUUUUUAAAAAAAACAAUUGCAUAUUUUAAGUUCACAUUUUGUAUAGAUUGUAUUAAAUUCUGUCUUGUCUACUACUGUCCUUGUAUCUGUGUGUAUUCAUCUACUAAUUUUAUUGCAUAACUCAGCAGUAUUAUUUGCAUGAUAUUUGUGCAGAAUAUGAGAAGCCAGUGUUGUAUUAUAACUUAUUGUGUUUAUCUGAAUUGGGCUGCACUUCAUUGCGGACUCAGUUAUUUGAAGUCAAUUCCCCAGACCACAAUAUAUCCCUGCUGUGUUGCCUUGCUUAAAUUGUACUUAUUGCACAAGUGUGCAUCAAUCCUAGUGCCUCAAGUGGGGGAAAAGCAAUCCAACCACUUUACCACAGCUGCUGUUAAUGACGCUGGAAAGGAACAGAUGUAUUUCAGCCUUCGACUUUCGAGCAAAAAAAAACCUUGUUAAAUUCUUGAGGCCAAAUAUCUGAACUUGUAUUAGUUGAUCACUGAUUGGGCCCAGGAAUAGCAAUGAUGAUACCACACUGUCAUCCCAGCAUUUAUGACCAAGAAGACCAAAGCUCUGCAAAGCCUGAUCAUUGCUACAAAUGCCUCCUACAACAGCUCUUCAUUGGAGUUUCACGGUGAGGUUUCAGGUGGUGAAAUUGGAAGGUGAUGUGGCUCCAGCCAGCUGCCAACCUCCUUUCACUGAAGUUGAUCAUUAAUAACAGGCAGAAUAGGAAGUGCUAAGGAAGAUUUUUAUGCUCUGACAGCCCCACUAAAAUGAAGGUUUCCUCACUAUAAAGAUACAGAGAAAUAUCAUUGACAUUGUUUACAGCUCUUUAGACUUGAGUAUCAAAUGUAAAGUUUAAACAUCUAUAUAUAAAAAUAAGAUAUACCUUUACCAAGAUACUGGUGAGGACUAUGCUCCAUUGUCAGCCAUAAUUUGAUGCUUGAGUCAUUGGUUUAUUGCUGUAAAAUAGACCCUGUAUCAGCCAAUGUCUCAGCUACAAAGCCAGUGCUUUUACUUUAGCUGUUAUAGAGUCAGCUGAAGUCCCACAUUCUUUGCACCAUUUCAGUAAAUCUCUGCUGCACCCUUUUCAGGGCCAUUGUCAUGCUUUCUCAAGUGCCAUCUCCAAAACUGGACAUAUUGUCUCUGGGACUGAACUAAUGUUUUAUAGAUGUUUUGUGUAACUUCCUUGUUUUCAUUUCCAAUGCCUCUAUAGAUAAUCCCAAAGAUCCGGAAUGCUUUUGUAACUACAGUAUUCCUUUCUCUCCAGAAGCUGCCAUUGGUGAUGUUGGCAGAAAUGUAUUGCAUUUCUUUACAAUUUUAUCACAAGCUUUCACCAGUUUGAUUUAAACUUAUGUCAAACUGGUUAGUGUCUGUGGCAAAACUGCAGAAAUAACAAUGUCACUUUACUAAAUAUACACCUUUCCCACCCUAUGGUUAGAUCUCAAGUACUUCCUUCAAAAGCUUAAAUUUGCUUUUUGCACAAUCUGUGAUCCCAGAUCCCUUUCAGUGCCCAUUGCAAAACCCACGUGGCCUUGUAAGUUUAAUCACAAUUCUUAUCCUGUUAAGUAUAGUUCAGACUUGAAGGACAGGCAAUGCAUUAGGUUUAGCAGAAAGCUGAAACCUUUUUGAAUUGUUUACAUGAAGUGCGCAAUUCAGGAAAUAAUGCCAGUCAGGAUUUGGAGUCGGGCAGCAUCUUGACCCCAGGGCCUGGCGAGUAUGUUCGUUUUUGUACCUGAUGCUGCAUGAGCUUGUGUGUGAGCAUGCGGACUUUGCCCAGAGUGCCACCUGAAGUGAUCAGUUCUGAACAGUUACAUUUGCCACUGCCAGGGGCAGACGCCAUGGCUUAAUGCAAAAAAGUAAUGGAGUUGGCCAGCAAUGGGAACGAUUUGAGACUGCUGUGGAGAAACCUUCCAUGACUUCUCGUCAGGAAAUGUUUGACAUCAAAAUAAAAGUAUUGGAGGAAUGGAGUGCUGAGCAUUUUCAGUUUCAGAAAGCCACUUCCAGUCUCCAGCAGAGGUUUGUGUGCAGCGAUCAGUAAGGUCUAUAGAUUGAACCAUGUUCAUCAACGCACUCCAGGUGAUGCGUGAAAAGCAGCAGAAUGGGAGUGCAUAUGUUUUGACAGUGGAACUGACGGGUCCGUUUGAAUUCAGAUGUGAGCCUCGUUCUAUCAAGAUGCGGAGGGAUGAUCUGUUGAGCAGUUUUAAAUAUUGCUAUAUGUUUGGUGGACCAUUAACUAAAUAGCCACCAUCAGAGCAUUUUUGUUUUCUCUUCCUUCUAUGACAGUAUCAGAUAAACACACUGCCAAAAAUUAAAUGAUUCCUUUUUAAUCAAAGUAUUUUAAGGAACUGACCAGAACUGCUGGCGGUUUGCAUCAUUUAUUUUUGAAUGGUGAUGUAUCUUUGUACAGUUCAUUUGAAUAAAUAAUUGGUAUCACCACCAUUCUUUGAAACAAAACUUGAUUUCUUGCUUUUCCUGCAUUUUUCAAUGAGUUUUUUUUGGGGUGGGGGGAAAGUGGGAGAAAAUUACUUGUUAUCCACCUCUGGUUUUAUUUUUGUAAAAGACUCCAUAAUCUGUUUCUUCAGCUAUUUGCAUUUACAUUUGAAAAAGGUCAUAUCUUUUUUGUUAAAUUUUCUGUACAAAUGAAGACUUCCUUCUAUCUAUCAGGCUGUUACUAGUGUUUGAUUUUAUAUUUUCUGGGGCACAGUACUUAAUACAAAAAUUAUUUUCUGAGGGCUAUAGGACAAACGAUAAUAUUCAAAUCAACCUUAUAAUGGAAAUGUAAAAUCUAUGUAGUCACAGAGCCCCAUGCUUCAGACAAAGUGCAACUGGGCUGCAGAAUAAAAGUGUUAAUUUGUAUGGCCUAUGAAGAACAUAUUUUGAAUUCACUACUGCAUGCUUGAUAAUUAUGGAGUUAGUUAUUUUUAACAGGUAAGAUCUAUCUGACACAUGCCUCUGUGUUGUACCUGCAAGAGGCAUCCAGUCAUUCCUAUUUGAUUGACAUUUUUAGUUUUUGUAAGUCAUUGCAGUGUUACAUAUGAGAAUUAAAUUCCACUUUGCAGUAAUUCCAUGUAAAGACAUGAACAUAGACUUAUACUGUACAAAAGGAGGCCAUUUGCCCCAUUCUAUCUGUGCUAGUUCUUUGGUAGAGCUACUUCCAACAACUGAACAAUUUAUCAACUAGCACUGCAUUCAGAGUUCUCACAACGAACCUGUUCCAGUGAGUUGGUUGGUUGAAUUUACACUUGCAAUAUACAUCUCUUGGUAUAUUUUUACUGCACUUGAAAACUAUAAAUUGUUGAAAAAGUUACUCUUUUAGUUUUUGUAAUAAGUUAAUCUUGAGAAGCAAUGACUUCUGAAAAUGUACUAUCCCCUUAUCCAACACAUUUUUAUGCCUUUGUAGAAUGCUUUCACAUUCUGGAAAGAUUUAGGGAGGGGCUUGAUUUUUUUUUUACCCUUCUACUAUUGCUCCUAAACAUCAUUUCCCAGACAACAACUUUAUUGUUACAGGAAUCAUUGUUUAGAAUUGGGGAUAGAAUCUUCAUCGUAGCUCCAGAAAUUAUCUGAGCUAUGCCUUCAUUUUUAAUGACCAGUUUUAAUUGCAACAUAUAAUUUUGCAUUUACGAUGCUUAACUUAUUUUUAAAGCUUUCAAUUUUAAUUAAAAACAUUUGUUGAAGCUUAUUCAUUAGCAUUAACAAGUUCAAAAAGUUAUGAAAAUUUUAUAUUGAGAUUUGCUUUUGUAGCAUAAGAUGUACAAUACUAUAAAAUACUUGUAAAUUAACUUGUAUUAUAUUUUUUAGUUUACGUGUGAAGGAGAUCAGUAAACCUGACUCCAAUUUCCAGUUUAAUUUUUAUGAAGCAACGGAGAUCUGAAUGUUAACAUUGUUUGCUGAUGAUUCUGUUUGCCAAAUGUUCACUUUCACUGUUGGCAUGCAAUAUCUUUGACUUUAUAUCCCACCUUUUUAAGAAAUCCAUUUUCCAAAAAUACUGACAGCAAUUUGUUCAAUGUAACUGGCUGUACCUGUGCCUUUAGUGCAGAUCAUUUUUCCUGCCUUUUGUGGGAUGCUGCAGCUGAUCUGAAAUCAAUGUUUAUUUUUCCCAUUUGACUGUAAAGGUUUUAUUGCUUCAGAGAUGGGUAAUCUGUUGGUUAGGAUUGCAUUUGGCUUAUCUGUUUUGUCUCUGUUUCAUCUGC